UGCGCGUCGUAACGCGGUGACGUGGUGGUCAGCGGGGCUCGGGCCUGUUUGUUUCACCCACCCGUGCGGUCGGUCGGUCGGUCAGCGGCGAGGCGGCUUCAGGGGCCAGCGGGGAACGGACGGACGGGAGAGGCGGCGCGGCCUUCACCACACGCACGGAAAGCCAGAGCGGGAGGCAGGAUGCUGAACAUGUGGAAGAUGAGGGAGCUGGUGGAUAAAGCCACAAAUGUGGUUAUGAAUUAUUCAGAGAUCGAGUCUAAGGUUCGAGAAGCAACCAAUGAUGAUCCAUGGGGACCUUCAGGGCAGCUAAUGGGAGAGAUCGCCAAGUCUACGUUUAUGUAUGAGCAGUUUCCUGAUGUUAUGAACAUGCUUUGGACUCGAAUGUUGAAAGACAAUAAAAAGAAUUGGAGGAGGGUCUAUAAGUCCUUGCUUCUUCUAGCUUACCUCAUAAGGAAUGGGUCAGAGCGAGUGGUUACCAGUUCCAGAGAACACAUUUAUGAUUUGCGGUCAAUGGAAAACUACCACUUCAUAGAUGAAAAUGGGAAGGACCAAGGAAUAAACGUCAGACAGAAGGUGAAAGAAAUGGUCGACUUUGUCCAGGAUGACGAUCGCCUCAGAGAAGAGCGAAAAAAAGCCAAGAGAAACAAAGACAAAUAUAUUGGAGUUUCCUCAGACAGUUUGGGAAGCUUCAAAUACAGUGAUCGGUAUGAUCCGGAGCCCAAAUCCAGAUGGGAUGAUGACUGGGAAAAGAGCAACAAGGGUACUUUCCCCUUCAGUGAAAAGUUAGGCGAAAUCAGUGACAAGAUUGGGAGCACAAUCGAUGACACAAUCAACAAGUUCAGGAAGAAAGACAAAGAUGACUCGCCAGAAAGCGAUAGUGAAGAAGAGAGAAGGACCAGAAAUGGGAAGGCUGGAAAAUCUGAAUACAAAGAUGAAGAAGAGACAGUGACGACCAAAUCAAUCCACAUCACGCAGGCCACAGAGACAACCACCACACGGCACAAACGCUCUGGAAUUCCCUCCAAAACUGUUGACCUGGGUGCAGCAGCACAUUACACAGGAGACAAUUCCACCCCAGACCUAAAUUCUACUACAAAGUCUGCUGAGAAGGCAUCAGAAGCAAACAUAGUUAACAGUAAAUCACAGAAUGACCUGGUAGAUCUACUAUUUGACACAGGAUUUGGAUCCACUCAAGCUGCUUCCUCGGGUGGAUCUGCUGAUCAAUUUGGAGGAUUUGCAGACUUCAGUUCAGUAGGAUCGAGUAGCUUCCCUGUGAGCCAAGGUACAGUGACCAGCGGCAAUGGUGAGUUUGGGGAGUGGAGCACGUUCAACCAGGUCCAGCCCUCACCCGGAGAAUCCAACAACCUGCAGAGUGCCCCUGUCCAGCCCUUUGUUGCUGGUUCAAUGGACUUCUUCGACAUUAUGGGUGGCACCUCACAGUCCACCAUGACCUCAUCCCAAAGCAUGAACUUUGCAAUGUCAACCAGUAGUACUAUAGCUGCCACCAGUACCUCCAUGCCCAUCUCUAGAUCUCAGCCUUUGCAGAUAUUCUCUGCUCCUUUGCCGAAGCCUAAUGCUGCAACUGCCUCCGCACAGAUUAUGCAACAUAACCAGAAAGGAGACAAGCCAGGUUUGCCUUCUACCUGGUCAGAUCCGAGUGUCAACAUCAGUCUGGACUUUCUCACACCUGGCAUGCAACCUCCCAAACCCCAGCAGCCAUCACUGAACACCAUGAUGCAGCAGCAGCAAGGUGUCCAGCAGCCAGUGAACCUUGUGGCUCAGAGCUUUGCAGGCAUGUCCGUCAACUCGCUGAGCAACACAGUGCCUCCACGAUCUCCAGUGGGAAGCAAUGUGCCAGUAGGUAUGGGAAUGCAAAACAUGAUGGGGAUAAAUCCCAUGGGAACACCUCAAGGCAAUGUGAUGAACCAAGGAAUGAUGGGAGCGAGCUUGGGGAUGGCUCCAGCUGGUAUGGCCAUGACUGGUAGCAUGGGAAUGGGUCUUCCUGGCAUGGGUGUGAAUGCUGGCAUUUCGGGAAUAGUCCAACCCAAGCAAGAUGCCUUUGCCAAUUUUGCCAACUUCAGUAAAUGAGAAGGUUAUGAAGACUCCAUUAAAUAGAAGGUGUGAAGGCUGCACAAAAUAGUACUUGAAGCACGUGAAGAUAGGUUGUCUUACAUUUUUAUAGCUGUAAAGAACAAGUUUUGUGAAGAAUUUGGCAUAUUUUGUAUUGGGGGAGAAAUCCAAUGUUUGGCAAGAUCUGUGCUGUGAAGAUGUGUCUUUUUUCCUAAUGGAGGAUCUUUCAAUAAAAAUUCCCUUCAUUGGCAUCUUGUUUGAGAGAAACACCUAAAAGCCUUUUUAUGUCAAUGAAUUUUAACUCUAUUGAAAUCACAGAGCAGGGAGGAUGAAACGGGUUGGGCAAAGCUGUUCAUAUCAGAUAAUUUUUGUACCUAUCUCUCUUCAUGGCCUUUAAUUCAGGUCCCCGAAAAUCAUUCAAACCCAGAAUAAUCAUAAUGUUUUUUGUUCAUUCUUUACCUCCUAUCUGGACACAAUCAGUCUCUUGUAGCAAUGUGAUAAUCAGCUUGUAUAUAUCCUUUAUGUAACAAAUGAAUGGAAUUAUAAAAAAAAGGCUACUACGUAAAGGUACCAAAAAUGUAGCCUAUUUACUGGAAUGUAAAUAGUUAGUUGGGUGAUAUGUUCCAGUACUAAUGGAGGAAAGAAAUUCUUUCUAUCAUGAAGAUGUUUUUACUUUUUAAAAAAUAGGGUGGAAGUUCAGCAAUUUGUUUCUUCCUUUCCACCUCCCCCAACCUUAUUCUGCUUUCUUGGAUGGUCACUGUUCUGUGCUGAAAGCUUAAGUUUCAGCUCUGCAUUUCCUUUGCACUGGUGAGACUCAGACCCCACAAUGGAGAGGAGGAAAGGACUGGGCAGAUCACAUUGGGGUGCGUGUGUGCACAGGUGGUGAGGGGUGACCUUAACCCAGCUUAUCACCUUCUCCACCCAAUAUGCACGCACAAGUAUUUGUGUGUGUGUAUAUAAUACACACCACCGCAUACAAAGUUCUUUUAGUUUCCCCUUGAAUCCUGCAAACGUGCAAUAUACAGUACAUUCCUCUGCUCUUAGCGGACCCUGGCUUUAACAAACCUUCCCUGGUUUCGCAGCACAAGAACAGAGCAGGUGAAAAGACACCAUUUCUUCCUAAAUCUGUUAUGUUGUGGUCCUUUUCUCUCUCCCUCUCUCUUGUUAAGAAGAUUUUUCUUUUGUCUUGCUGACUGGUAAAUCAUGACAAUGUUCUGUAAUGUAAAGCCAUGUUAUCUGCUUGUUGGAUGGGAACUUCGCUAAGAAUAAACAUUAUCUGAUAGUGCUGCAAAACUCACAUCCUCCACUUACUGCUUUUUGUUUUAUUUUCCAACAACCAAGAUUUUUUCCAAUUGUACUCAUGAUCUGUUAUGUAUUAAAACAAACUAUUCAUUAAAAUCUGUUACUUAAAAUUG